UUUCCGUUGGGACAAUUGGUGUUUACGUUGUCAUAAACGUGGAUGUGAGUCAGAUAAUCGAUUCUCUUGUCUGCUUUUUUUGCAUCAUGGGAUGUAGCAUCAGUCUCUGGGAACACUGAAGGAAAACUUUACCUCACGUUACAUCGAAAGCCGGAAAUAGAAAUCUGGCGGUUUGUUUUUCUCGAGUGAAAGAAAGGUAGCCUAAGCUCUUCCUAGCCCACCGAGGGAGUGCACCUUUUGUGUCCGACGGCUGUGUUGUUUUUUUUAAUCGUGUCAACAUGGACAUGUAUGGAUACAGCGGGGUCUUCUUGGUGAAAAGAUUCCUGGACAAUGGCGUUUUUGAAGUCACAAACAUGUCUGACAUCAACAAGUUGAGUCCUCACGGCUGCGAUAACGGAGCACUGACCGACAGGUUCGGCGUCUUGAUCCAGGGACUCCUGGCUAUCGUUGCCUUCAGUACGCUGAUGUUGAAGAGGUUCCGGGAGCCUGUAGGGAUCAGACGACCGUGGAGGAUCUGGUUUUUUGACACAUCCAAGCAGGCCAUCGGUGCUCUUUUCAUCCACUUUGCCAACGUCUUCCUGUCCACGCUCACCGAAGAGGACCCAUGCUCCCUGUAUCUGAUGAACUUCCUGCUGGACGCCGUGCUGGGGAUGCUGGUCAUCUGGCUGGCUGUGAAGUUGGUGUCCAAACUAGUGGAGUACAAGCAGUGGACGUUGCUCAUGUUUGGUGAAUAUGGCGACCCUCCUCAGGCCGCAGCCUGGCUGGGUCAGUGUGGCAUCUACCUGCUCAUCAUGGUGCUGGAGAAAGGUGUGAUCAGCCUGGUGCUGCUCGUCCCCGGAUGGUCCAGAUUGCAGGAGGUGUUGCUAAGCUACAUUGCUAACCCGCAGCUGGAGCUGGUGCUGGUCAUGCUCAUUGUUCCCUUCAUAGUGAAUUCCAUCAUGUUCUGGGUGGUGGACAGCCUGAUGAUGAGGAAGUACAAGACGAUGAAGAGCCUGGACGACUCCUGCGACAGCACGUUGAAGAAGGCCGACUCGCUGCCCCGGGCCAACAGUGAGGAGUCACUGAUCCUGCUGGCUGCAGAGACAGACACAGACGAGGCUUCAGAGGGGGAGGAAGAGCCCGGCUAUGACCAACCAGACCCUUAUGUACAGUAUUCUGGAGGACCACUGAGACCCAGCUGGGUGGUGGUAUAAACCCAGGUGAUGCUACCCGUCUGUCUUCUAUCCGCACACAACACACUCUUUAGAGCCUAAAUAUGAGCAAACGCAAACAAGCCUUGCAUCCGUAACUCCUCAAGGGUCUAAAUAUCGGCUUCCUUGUAAACAAAGGCACAAUUAUAAAGGUCUUAUAACCUGUGAAUGUGAACACUACAGCCUGAGCUGCCUUCCUCUGCACUGAACUGGAGCUUGACUCAGUGCAUGCAUGUAAAUCAAAUAGCAUUUUGUGGCAAGAAUUUAGAAGCUCUUUAUCCUCUCACCUUGCUGCCUCCGUUUGCUGCAAGAGAACAUUAGAGCAACCACAACUGAACGUGUUUGGAGAGAGAUUAUUAAGAAAGCAGCGCCCACAGGGAAAACUGUGCGGGUGGUAAAGACAAGCUGAGAUAAAUCUGUCUUCUCUUCACACUGGGGACUUUUGGAAAUGAUCUUGCUCUAAAGAGAGUCAUUUAUUGUGUAUCAUAUUGCAAAGAGAAGCAAGUAAGUAAAGUGUAUGUAUAAGUGCUCUAAGACUUUACUCCGUCCAAAUAUAAUCACUUUUAAUCCACCUUUUUAAUUAAGGUGUAAUUAUAGUAAUUCCGGCGAUUUCUUCCUCUGGCUGCUUACUUUAAGUCUGAAAGACUAUUAAUGGUCUCUUUUAUUUUUUAUUUUUUUUAAACCAUGCAUAUGUUGAUUUUAUUGGCUGCUGCAGUCAUGAUGGACCAAACACGUUGAAAGCAGUGGUUAAAUGGAAAGUUUUAGUUCUUUGCAACAGGCUUUUAAAAACAUUUUAUGUGUGGGCAGGGAAUUGUUUCAUGUCAUGGUUUAAAGGACCAGUUCACACUACGUUUCUGCAAUGAUUUUCAUAUUUAUUGUAUACGAUAGAGUCUAAACCCCUGAGAUUUUCAGAAUAAUGUCGGAAUAUUUUGAGAAAAAGCUGUGAAAGUUUUGAGGAAAAAAGUGCCAUUUUUAAAAGAAAAAGUUUAAGGAGUUAUAAGAGUAAAGUCAUAAUGUCAAGAGACAAAUGUCAUUGCAGGCAAACUGUUUCCCUCUGUUUCCAGUGUUUGUGCUAAGCUAAGCUAACCAUCAUUCAUAUUCAAAAGAAAGAUAUCGUAGCGGUAUCGAUCUUCAGCAAAAAUGCGACUAAGCAUAUUUCCGAAAAAUGAUUGCUUUUUAAAAUGAUGUUUUAUGAUAAGUUUUUAGUAAAACAACCCUUUUCUUGAAAUCUUAUGUCUUUAUUCUUGUUACGGGUUUUUUUUAAUCAUAAAAUUAAGCCUUUAUUUUUUAUCAAACUUCCCUAUCAUUCCAUCUUACCAUCAUUCCAUUUUUUUCCCCUCAAAAUAUUAUGACUUUAAUCUCAAAAUGUCCCAAUUUGUUUCCCCUAAAAAUGGUCCUAAUACUCUGUCAUAGUAAUACUCUGUGGGAUGAUUCAGUAGCUGUGUAUCAAACUACUGCAAGUUAUGGCACAUUUCUUUUAUUUAUUGUGUUCAUAUUUAAUAUGUAUUUGACUUUAUGUAUUGUGGUCCAAUCUGUGGUAACAACAUUGGAACAGGACGUUUUUUGCGAAUAUAGCAAAUGAGAGAAUUUUAAGAGUCAUCGCCGAACUACAGGUAGUAAACAUUUCCAUUCUCCUGUUUGCAUUUACGCUUUAAAAGCCAAAAGGUCUACAGUUUGACAUAAUGUUUUUUUAAUAUUCCAAUGUAUCUUGUGUAUUUCUUUUAUAAACCCAAUUAUGAACAUGUGGAUAAACUGGCGCAGCACGCUCUGUCAUUAACAGGCCUGUAAAGUGCCACGGUGCCUCUUACCGAAUGUAUCUCUUUAAUCUGUGCUAUGAAUAAAGAUGAUUGACACAUGAA